UUGUCCCCGCCGGGUCCCCGUAGCCCGGUGACGUCACCUCCAUCUGACGCUUCCUGCUCCAUCAUCACUACGGGCCGGCGAGCUGGCAGUGCUGGAGGCUGUAUAGCCGGAAUAUGGUUCCUGUGGCCGGCUGUCACCUCUCCGCCCUCAUGUGUUCCCCGACACCCUCUGCCCACAGCGAGGAGCAGCGGCGGUAGAGGGCCGGGGGUCCUUUCGCCUACAAGGGAUCCGGUGCUGUCCGGGCAGAGCCAUGGAGGACAAAUACAGCAGUAAUGUGAUGAGUACGGGGAGGCUGGGCCCUGUGGAUGCCCCGGAGUCCAGGCUGACUCGAUACAUUGUACUUCUCUGCUUCACCAAGUUCUUGAAGACUCUUGGGAUCUUCGAAUCCUACGAUCUAUUGAAAGUAGUCCAUAUUGUACAGUUUAUCUUUAUAUUAAAAUUAGGGUCCGCAUUUUUCAUGGUUUUGUUUCAAAAACCAUUUUCUUCUGGGAAGACAAUAACUAGACGCCAAUGGAUCAGUAUUGUGAAGCAUGCGGUCGUUGGCUGUAUUAUCUCACUUCUGUGGUUUUUUGGCCUCACUCUUUGUGGACCAUUAAGGACGUUGCUGCUGUUUGAACACAGUGAUAUUGUGGCUGUAACAUUGCUUACAGUGCUUUUCACUGGUUCCAAUGGAGUUCCAUCCAAGACUCGAGGUGCAGCCUUUUUUAUUGUAGCUGUUAUAUGUUUACUUCUCUUUGAUAACGAUGAUCUGAUGGCCAAAAUUGCAGAACACCCUGAAGGACACCAUGACAGUGCUCUAACACAUUUCCUAUACACAGCAUUCUCCCUCUUAGGAGUUGCUGAUCAUAAGGGAGGAGUACUGUUGCUUGCGUUGGCUUUAUGUUGCAAUGUUGGUUUCCACACAGCUUCCAGAAAGCUCUCUUUAGAUAUUGGUGGAGCCAAGCGUCUGCAAACCUUGUCUCACCUUGUUUCUGUCAUAUUACUGUGCCCAUGGGUCAUCGUCCUGGCCGCAACCACUGAGAGUAAAGUGGAAUCUUGGUCCUCUCUCAUCAUGCCUUUCAUCACCGUUUUAUUCUCCGUCGUCAUUCUGGAUUUCUAUGUGGAAUCUGUUUGCUCAGUUAAGAUGGAAGUGACAAAGUGUGCACGCUAUGGAUAUUUCCUGACAGUAAUCAGUGCUUUGCUGCUGGGGAAUUUCUGGACUCAUCCUAUCACAGACCAGCUACGGGCCAUGAAUAAGCCAGCACACCAGCCUAGCACUGAGCAUGUCCUCUCUGGAGGGGUGGUGGUCAGCUCUAUCUUUUUCUUAUUGUCUGCAAACAUCCUAUCUUCGGUAUCCAGGAAGGGCCAGAAGGGCACCCUUGUUGGUUAUUCUCCUGAAGGGACACCUCUGUACACCUUUAUGGGCGAUGCCCUGCACAGCACCUCCCCAUCUAUGCCCAGGUUUAUUAAGGAAUCACUCAAACAAAUACUUGAAGAAUACGACUCAAGGCAGAUCUUCUACUUUCUAUGUCUAAACCUGGCAUUCACGUUUGUGGAGCUGUUCUAUGGAGUGUGGACGAAUAGUCUAGGACUGCUUUCUGAUGGAUUCCACAUGUUGUUUGACUGCUCUGCUCUGGUCAUGGGGCUUAUUGCUGCAUUAAUGACUCGGUGGAAGGCAACUCGGAUCUUCUCCUAUGGGUUUGGCCGCGUGGAAAUAUUGUCAGGAUUCAUUAACGGGCUGUUUCUGAUGGUGAUAGCAUUCUUUGUGUUUAUUGAGGCUGUAGCAAGAAUCUUUGAUCCUCCAGACAUCAAUACAGAUAUGUUAACACCAGUUUCGGUUGGGGGUCUGUUGGUCAACCUUGUUGGUAUCUGUGCCUUUAGCCACGCCCACUCCCAUGGGGGAUCAAAAGGUGGAUGUUCCUCUCAUGAUUCACAUGCCCACUCUCACCAUGGCCACGGACACAGUCAUGGGCAUGGACACGGGCAUUCACAUGGUGAUCAUGGGCAUACUCACAAUCAUGGGCAUUCUCAUGGAUCUGGUGGAGGCAUGAAUGCCAAUAUGCGUGGUGUGUUCCUCCAUGUACUGGCUGACACUCUAGGCAGCGUCGGUGUGAUAGUCUCCACCAUUCUGAUUCGGCAGUUUGGCUGGCUCAUUGCUGAUCCUCUCUGCUCACUCUUUAUUGCUAUUCUGAUAUUCGGAAGUGUCCUCCCUCUGCUGAAAGAUGCCUGCGAGGUGAUCCUCCUUCGAAUCCCUCCAGAAAUAGAGAAGGGAAUAAACAUUGCCCUGGAGAAGAUAUCGAAGAUCGAUGGUCUUAUAUCUUAUCGGGAUCCUCAUUUUUGGCGUCACUCCGCUGCGAUUAUUGGAGGGACUAUACAUGUACAAGUGAUGUCUGACGUUGUAGAGCAGAGGAUCAUCCAACAGGUAACCGCAAUGCUGAAAGACGCUGGAGUCAAUAACCUUUCCAUCCAGGUGGAGAAAGAGGCCUACUUCCAACAUAUGUCCGGCCUCAGCACCGGGUUUCAAGAAGUCUUGGUCAUGACACAACAGAUGGACACCAUAAAAUAUUACAAGGAUGGGACGUAUAUCAUGUGACUGGCCCCUUCCCACUCAGUAUUCUUCCUGUGUUUGUCAAGGGAAACUUUCAGACUUGAACUUCAGUGUACAGAAAUGAAACGUGUAUAAAUCUGGAUUUUAUACUUCGCCUAUAUUCUUAUCUUUAUUGAGACUGAAUCAAGAUGUUUUUAUACAUUGUUAUAUAAUGACUUCUGCCAUUUAGUUCUUUACUGGGAUCUGGAACACAGAGGAGGUACUCUAUUUUGUGCUAUCAGAUAUAAAUACUGUUCAUGGUCUGAAUGGAAUAGCAGGACAAUAAUCUAUCAUUCCUUUUUAAUUUUUUUUUUUUUUUUCUCCAGACAUUGAAUUUGUUCCCAAUUGUGCAAAACAGAACAGAUCUUUUGAAUAUAAUUGUAAUGGAUGGGGACAUUUUAUGUAUUUAAAAUUUGAGUCUAAUAUAUGUUGCAUUCUCUUA